AUGUUGAACACACGCAAGAAGCUGGUGAAGGAGAAGGGCGCGACCCCCACGGAGCUGGACCAGGAAGUGGCCAAGGCCAUUUUUGACAUCGAGGUGUCUCCUUCGUGCGAUAUCAAGGCCGAGCUGAAGGAUGUCUACAUCUCUGGUGCCAAGGAUGUUGAGGUGGGCAAGGCUGGCAUGGCCAUGGUGGUCCACUUCCCUUUCCGUGUUUGGAAGAUUGUGAAGAAGAUCCAGGGCCGUCUCAUCAGAGAGUUGGAGAAGAAGUUCAACCGCAAGCAUGUGGUGCUUGUGGCCAACAGGACCAUCUUGGACAAGAACUUUAGGCGCAAGGGCCUGAAGGUCCGACCACGCAGCCGCACCCUGACAGCGGUGCACGAGUCCAUUUUGGAAGAUUUGGUGGGACCUACUGAGAUUGUUGGCAAGCGCACACGCAUCUCCCUUGAUGGCAGCAAGCUGCUGAAGAUCAUUCUUGAUCCCAAGGACAAGGACAAGGAGAACAUUGAGAGCAAGCUGCCUGCAUUCGCCGCAGUCUACAAGAAGCUUACCAACAAGGAGGACCGAUGUGUGCUGCCCAAACCCAGCUUGGACAGGACCAUCACCCCAGGAUAUAUGGCAGCAGUGAUGUCGUCGCCGGAAGUCUUGUGCAACCUGUGCCAACAGUACUUCAGGCAGUACGACAAGAACAAGAAUGGCUUCAUGGAAUGCCAUGAGGCUGUAGAACUGGCCAAGGACUUGGGCAGCACCCUGGCAGUUCCUCUCGGAAGCACAGAGGAUGUAUUGCGCCCAUCGUUGAAAAGAUUCAGCGAGGAUGGGCGGGACGCCUUGAACUUGGAAGAGUUCUGCCGGUGGUUCCCCACUGUUCUGGGCUUGGAACCUUUGUCACCGCAGCACAUUGAGGAGAUCAAAGGUGGCACCAAGGAAAACCAACCACCAGCUGCAGGGCGGGCACCCAGCUUGCAACGGACCAUUUCACCAGGCUAUGUUGCAGCGCUGGGUUCAUCACCACAGACGAUGCGAACAUUCUGCAAACAGUUUUUCAAGCAGUAUGACACCAAUGGCAACGGAGUUUUAGAAUAUGCGGAGGUGGAGAGGUUGGCAAAUGACUUGUUUCUCACACUUGGCAUCUCUCUCGAGGAGGGGCGUUUGAAGGAGUGUCUGGACACGUCCAACCACCAGGGUGAUGCGGCUCUAUCCUUGGACGCCUUUUGUGACUGGCUGCCGGCGCUGUUUGAAGCCAAGCUCCCGAAGCUCCCGGGGGCUUCGAAGUCGGAAGGUGAAGCCUUGGCUGCCAACAAGGGAUACCUCCACGCACUGAAGAGUUCCCCCAGGACGUUGGUGCAGUUGUGUCGCCAGUAUUUUCGCGACUACGACUUCAACAAGAACUCCUUCCUGGAUGAUGCGGAGGUGAUGGCCCUGGCACGCGAUCUGAGCGAGAGAUUGGAGGUCCCCCUGAAGUCAUCCAAGGAGCUCAAGGAAUCCAUAGGCCAAUUCAGCGACAAUGGCAGUGAUUGCCUGUCCUUUGGAGAGUUUGCUCGAUGGUUUGCGACCAUGAUGGGGCUUGAGGAGCCAAUGAUGAAGGAAAUUGUGCAGAUGGCUUCGGAGGACUGA